AUGUUUCCCGGCGUUGACAAGGUGGUUGAGGCACUUCUUCGUGGCCAAGAAAGCGCUAACCGCUUGAAGACGGUGCUUGAACACCCGAGGACUAGCUUGGUUCCAACAGAGCCUCUCUUUGAUACCGUUCUUGAUUCUUUCUCACUCGCCCUUUCUCUUUUUACCAAUCUCACUUCCUCUAGUCCUCAACCACACCGUCGAAACAUGACAGCUUCUGUGGCUCGAAAAUCGCCUAAGAAAAGGAGCUACAGGGAAGACGCUUUAGAACAUUACAGAGAUGAUUCACAAACUCCGAUCCACGACGACGGUUUUUGCUGGAGGAAGUACGGACAAAAGAAAAUCAAAAAUUCUACCUACUUAAGGUGUUACUAUCGUUGUGCUUAUGCGAAAGACCGAAACUGUAAUGCUACAAAGCGGGUGCAGCAGAUCCAAGACAGUGCUUCGGUCUACAGAACCACUUAUAUAGGAAAACACAUUUGUGAAGUCAUGGCUUUAUCGCAGCCUAAUGACGACAUUACAGACGGUUCCAAGAUGAUCCGGUUCAAUAAAACCGACCAAACCAUGUCCGAAUCUGUUAUGCCUCAACUCGUAUCGCUUGAUCACCAAGAAAUUACCAUCGAAGACAAAGGCACAGACCAAAUCACGAACCAAGAAUAUGAUAAUAAUAAUGAGUUGUUGGUGGAUGAUGACCAGCUCUUGGCGUACCAAUUUCCUCCGUUUUCCCCUGGAAAUUUUAUGUUCUUGGACGAUAUUUCUGCUCUUGAUUACAAUUCUUUUCAGGUUUGA